UUCCCAACUCCCAGAAUUCCCUUGUUUUAAGAGCUUCCCCUUUUUAUUUGUAGACAGUGGUGGGCACGGACAUUGCCGAGCUGCUGCUCCAGGAUCAUAAGACCGUGUGGCUGCCCGGGAAGUCGCCCAACGAAGCCAACCUGAUCGAUUUCACCAACGAGGCCGUGGAGCACAUGCCUGAAGAGAGUGGAGAGGCUCAGCUGUCCUUCCUAACGGACAGCCUCAUCGCCACCAUCGACAGCCUAGAGAAGGAAACGGAGCGCUUCCGGGAGCUGCUGCUUUAUGGGCGCAAAAAGGAUGCUCUGGAAUCUGCCAUGAAACAUGGGCUUUGGGGCCAUGCAUUGUUGCUUGCCAGUAAGAUGGACAGCAGGACGCAUGCUCGAGUGAUGACCAGAUUCGCCAACAGUCUCCCGAUAAACGACCCGCUGCAGACUGUUUACCAGCUGAUGUCUGGUCGGAUGCCGGCAGCCUCGACUUGCUGUGGAGAUGAGAAGUGGGGGGACUGGAGGCCUCACCUGGCCAUGGUCCUCUCCAACCUGACCAAUAACACGGACGUCGAGUCAAGGACGAUUGUCACCAUGGGGGACACGCUGGGUAAUCCUGCAAGG